AUAUUGUAAAACAGUAUGUUCAUCUCCAGAACUUGGUGGCUGAGAUGGAUGGCCACGACAGUCCACUUCUGCCUGUUGUUGCAGUCGGCGGUGUGGGAAACGAUAGAGGCCAUUCACCCAGACUGUGCGUUGGUACUGCAGCACAUGAGGGCUCAGGAAGAAUGCAUCCAGAUGCUCAUGCAGGAGGGCAACAACCGGUCGAGGACAGGGUGUCCAACAGAGUGGGACAACAUUCGCUGCUGGUCUCGUGCUGAGGUGGGACAGGUGGUCAGCGUCUCGUGUGCCAACGUCUCCCAGUUGUUUGCCAACAAUCAAGGUUACAUCUACAGGAACUGUACUGAGCACGGCUGGUCGGAGCUCUACCCCACCUAUGAGGAGGCGUGCGAGUUUGCCGAGGACACAGAGACAGAAUCAGAGACUACAUACUUUUCCAACUUCAAACAGCUGUACACUGCUGGCUAUGCUACCUCCCUCAUCUCUCUCAUAUCUGCCAUUUUUGUCUUCACCGUGUUCAGGAAGUUCCACUGCACCAGGAAUUACAUCCAUAUUAACCUGUUUUCCUCUUUCAUCCUGAGAGCAAGCGCUGUCUUCAUUAAAGAUGGGGUGCUCUUCUCUGACGAGAACCUGGACCAUUGCUUUAUGUCCACUACAUCCUGCAAAUCAGCAGUGGCCUUCUUCCAGUUCAGUAUCCUGGCCAACUACUUCUGGCUGUUGGUGGAAGGCAUGUACCUGCAGACCCUGCUGGCUCUCACCUUCGUCUCCCAGAGGAAAUACUUCUGGUGGUACAUAGUUAUUGGCUGGGGUCUCCCGACCACAAUCAUAACAGCGUGGAUCCUAACUCGAAACUUCUAUGAUAACAGGGGCUGCUGGGAUGACACAGAUGUGGCCUUCAUCUGGUGGAUCAUAAAAGGGCCAAUAACUACAUCACUGCUGGUGAACUUCAUCAUCUUUGUCAAUGUGAUCCGCAUUCUGGUUCAGAAGCUCAAGUCUCCUGGUGUCGGUGGCAAUGAGACCAGUCACUUCAUGAGACUGGCCAAAUCCACGCUAUUUCUCAUCCCUCUGUUUGGGAUGCACUACAUGGUAUUUGCCUUUCUGCCAGAAAACACAGGAGCGGAGGCACGCAUCUUCAUAGAGCUGGGACUGGGAUCCUUUCAGGGAUUUGUUGUGGCCCUGCUCUACUGUUUCCUGAAUGGAGAGGUGCAGGCAGAACUGAAGAAGAGGUUCUGGAAAUGGCAGACGCAGAGCUAUCUGAGCUACAGUAAAAGACGACGUACUUUGUUCAUUGAGAGCAGCACCGUCACACAGAUCUCUGUUCUGGACAAGUCCAGCCCCAAAGAACAGCCGGGCUCAGAGACAAACGCACUCACACACACGGCUGCACCCAGUACUGUCUCAUCUGUGUGA